ACAAAUCGAUUUUUUUUUUUGUCUCUUUCACAAAAAUUGACUUAAAUAGCUAAAUCGACUAAGCUUAGCUGUUGACAGAAAAAAAAAGAAAUAAAAGAUAAAAAGUUUCACGAAAUAUUCAUUUCAGAUAUUUUUCUCUUCACCGGAUCUCGAGAUCAGCCAACGAUGGCCGCGGACGGAAUAUUCCGCUGCAUCUUCGAAGGCUGUAUCUCAGGUCUUGAUUCCGGCAUCGAGAGGCGUCCUUACCACAAAAACUGCGAUUGCGCGCUUCACGACGGAGCUGGGAAAAGGCAAAAUCAGCAGCGGAAGUCUUGCCGACGCCACGGAAGCUCGAAGAGCAUCUCGUUCCCGAUCCGGCGGUCAUGGAGCGAAGGCAACGUACUGGCGAUGAAUUUCCCAUCUUCAUCAUCAUCUUCGAAUCUCCAGUCUCUUUCUUCGUCUUCUUCUCUGACAACUUUGGCAUCGCUGGCGGAUUUGCCGGUGGAUACUGCUGCUGCGUUGGAGGAUCCGAGCAGAUUUCAUCAUCAGUUGGGAUGGACGAUUGCCGAAGGUGAAGAUGUUUGAUGAUGGAUGACGGUUAUUUUCCACAUCUAUGGUUGUUUUUAACUGCCAAUCUCCAUGGUUUGAUUUAAGUAUGUGAGUCUUGCUGUUUUCUUUUGUAUGAUGAUGAUGACCACGAUUAUUCCCACAUUUUGUAUUCUUUUUAACUAGUUGAAUUCUUUUGCAAUA